CAACCCGACUAUUCGCAACAGCAACAACAAUACCCACAAGAUCCUCGACAGCAACCCGAAUAUCGUCAGCAACAGCCGCAACCGGAGUACCCUCAGCAGCCUCGUCAACCGGAGUACCCUCAGCAGCCCCGUCAACCGGAGUACCCCCAGCAGCCCCGUCAACCGGAGUACCCUCAGCAGCCUCGUCAGCCAGAGUACCCUCAGCAGCCCCGUCAUCCAGAGUAUCCUCAGCAGCCUCGCCAACCGGAGCGUCCACAAUAUCCAGAGCAACCGCGUCAGCCGGAAUAUCCGCAAUAUCCAGAACAACGCCGUCAACCUGAAUAUCCCCAGCAACCUCAGCAACCCGAACAGUCACCGCCGCCGACUCAACCACCACAUGAACGAUCCCAGCAAAGACCUCAUGAUCCUCGCCAACAAUAUCAACCGCUAACUUUUUUAGAGGCACCUGAGGAUAUAUGUCGUUUGACGGUCGAUAGUGGACCGUGUUCGAAUUACGAGGAUGCGUUCUACUACGAUGCGUACUCCGGUAAAUGCCAUCCGUUCAUCUAUGGUGGAUGCGGUGGGAAUGCAAACAGACACAAGACGAGAGCCGAGUGCGAGGCACGUUGUGCACGGGCUGGAACUGAUCCGAAUGGUAGCAUAUGUCGUAUCUUCUUCAUUCAGGAUAUACUUUCAGCAUUGAUUUCACUCCGGAUGCGUUCUGAAGGGCGGCCUGGUGUUUUGACCGUAGACAGAUAUUAUUAUAUUUUGACCUAG